UUGCGGUGACUGUCCGCUGCAGAAGCGGUGGCGCUAGUUGAGUGAACCAUUUACCAAAAUAUACAUGUUGGGAACCUUCCAAAAUAUAGCCUAUGCUUUGAAGCGGCACGUUAUUCGUCAGAACGCUUGUUGAUUUUCGAGUUGAUUUCAUUCGAACGAGCGAGUCAUCACACUCAUACGUGAAAGUUAUUUCGAUGACACGCUUGUUCAACCGGAGAAUCGUUUUUUUGGAGACGUAGAGCAUUAGCCUACUCAGAUGGAGAACACUACCCCUCCCUGGCUGUCAAAGGUGAUGUUCUGCAGUGGCUUCAUUGUGGGCUUCAGCCUGUGCUUCUUCACCAUCUGUCACCUCAGGGGGAUACCUAGCUCCCAAUGGCUCUGCAGCCUGACCACACUGUGCAGUACUCCUGCUGCUGAUUCCGAUCCCGCCCCCACAGCGACUGGCCCAAGUGACAAUGUCUCAGUGCCCGCAGGACGACUUCUCUGUUGGGUGGUGGCCAAUCGGAAGGUGUCUUGUUCUAGAACCUUCCAGUGCUGCGCUGGCAUAAUGCUUUUGGUUCGCUCCCCCCGUGAUCCUGAUGUCCCAGGGGUACUUGAGAAAGAGAAAAAACUGGACAAGUCCAUGGCUGCCUUCAUAACAUUCCAGCGCAGUGCAGCCGACGAUGCCUGUGUGGUUCUGGAGGAGCUGAGAUGGACCCUUGCCCAUUUCCGGAAGCAUCCGGCAUUAUUCCUUGACUGGGCACUCAGGACAUGUGGUGGACGGGGCUACACCCUGAGCUGGCAUGUAGCGCUGCGAUUGGUGGAGGCGCUGCGGAACCACUCCUCCCAAGAGUUUGUACAAGUGGCCUGCUGUCUGGAAACUCAUGCUGGAGACGCUGACAGCCAGGGUGGACCAGGCAGCUUCCACAACCUGUGAUGGGGACACUGUCCCCUGGGACUGGCCUAAAUAUGAUACUCUUUCUAUCAGCACACUUUUCAAUAUUGUAUUUAGAAGUAAAAAAAAAUAAAAAAAAACUGAUUAAGAUGUAUGCUGGGAUAGGCUCCAGCCCCCUGCGACCCUGUUCAGGAUAAAGCGGGUUAGGAUAAUGAAUGAAUGAGAUUAAGAUGCACUAUUUAUGUAUUUUCUUAUUUUAUUAUUAUUUUAUCUUUUGCUAUUGAUUUGGUAUCAUUUGUGAUUUGGUAUCAUUUGCCACCAUGGAUGUGGCAUGUUUAUAUUCCCCUCCAUGCUGAUAAAAGAUAGCUCCUUGGAUGUAACUGUGCUUCUUGUACCUAAAGACUGCAGAUCAUGAGUGAGGUCUGUCCACUCAGUUGGUACGGUAGGUGGAAGAAUGCCAUUUAGUUGUCCAUACGAGUUCAUAGCAAAAACAAUGUAUGUGCAGUCCCCAGUCUUGCUCUGAAGGCUGAGCUGGAGAGUGGAGAAUUGUCUUCCAGGCUGUUGAUAUACACCCCAAGUGCCUUAUCUAAUAGUUUGGGAACAUUGCCCGCCAGUAACAUUGUGUGUCCUUGUUUGCAUGGAUAUCUUGACCCAAAAUUGUAUUACUGUAGAGAUAAUUAUAUGAAAAUAAUUAAUCUAAAUUGUUGAUUAAUAAUAAUUUGGCACUGCAGUGAUGUCGUGAUCUUUAUAUUGCCUCCACUGGGGGCAUACCCACUUAAACUGGGUGAAUUACUGGCAAUUUGAUGCAUUGUAUGCCUAAUUUAAGCCUUAUGUGCCAAUCGGGGUCUGAAUAAAGCUUUCAGAAUGAAACAGAUAUGCUGCAGGUUGACCUCUUGGAGCCACUUUCAUUCCUGUAGAUUGCAUGGAGCCAAAACAUAUUUUUGAAAUGAUAAUGGAAAAUAUUAUGAUUGCAAAAAAAAAAAAAGAAGUGAAUAUAAGAUCCUGCGUAGUUUACCAUUUUCUAUGCAUUAAUAUUUUUUGUAACUUCAGCC